UUUGGUUUGAAGUAGACAUAUGUGCAUGCAUGCAUUCCUUGAUGGAAUGUGUGUGUUGCACCUGUGAGUAGAGAGUAACUGUCUUUAGUAACUGUCCCAUUGGGGCUGAUGCAGCCCAGCCAGGUACCUGGACACAGCUAAUGAUCCCCUGCAUCCUCUUGGAGUCUGACCCAAAUCUUUAAGAUAAGGUUAGGAACAGAGAAAUCUUGCAGUGUUCUGCUUCCGGAAGGAAUCCAGGUCUCUUGCCUUGAGUUAAACCUCUGGUGUCACUGCAUGGUGAAAAACUAAACCAUGUUUUGGAAUUGGAAUGAAAAAUAAUGUAAAAAGUAUAAAUGACCAUGGUGCUGCAUUACUUGAAGCAAGUCAUCUGUAGCUCUGUUGGAGGAGAUGAAACUCCUUUGGAGCCAAGAUGGUGGUUGCUAGUCUGUUAGAAGUCCUAGCAAUGGGAAUGGAGAUGAAACUGCUGCAUUCCUGGCUUUCCUCUGCCUGGAGGGAUGUUGAGACAUGAAUGCCUAUAGUUUUCUCCCCUCUGCCACUAUCACCAGUUAUGGGCUCUCAUCCUCCUGAGAGCUUCUGCCUCUUGCUAAAGGUAUCCAUAUGACAGCCCUCCCUGCCUUCCUGCUUACCUCUGCUUACUCCUUCCCUGGUGAUGACAGGCAUAUUCCAACAGUUAUGCUUGAUUGAAAGCUGGAUAAACAAGGCACUAAGGGAGGUACCAAGACGAAUGGAGCUACAAGGACAUGAAGUGCUAUCAAACCAUUGUAAAAAAGAGGUUUCUAAAUUGGCAGAGCUGACCAACAUAAAUGCUGCUGGGUUUUGUAGGGCAGCUUCUUUAAAUGGUCCAGGAAAAGCCUAGAAUUUGAAAGCAAUGCACUGAGGGUAUUUAAAAGAGGACUCUUCAGGUGCAAAUGGCAUUUAAAGUGAGGAAAUCUCAGGUGUAAAUGCAUAUUUGUUCAUGGCUUUUCCAUGUGCACCAGCUUUUGUACAUGCAGCAGGCAUGGGUGUUUAACCAGACUUAGGUUACCAUCUUCCAGGAUCAUGUUCUCUGUCAGUUGCCUUUUGCUAGCUGUUCUGUGCUGUUCCUCAGAAUUUUUCUUUCGGUACAGGUGCAGACCGGUAAUAGGUGGGCGUCCCCCACUAACGAAGUUUGGCUACCCUUCUGAACGGCUACUGAGGUUGGCUGAACCUAAAAAAUACCUCCCUGCUUACCUGGAGCAAAGAGCCCGUGAGUCCCCCGAGUGGCCCGUGUCCCUUGCUGCACGGAACUAUAAUGCCUCCCAGCGGAUACUGAAGCUUGCCCAGCCAAAGAGGCUGCACCCAGACUUCAUGCCAGCCAGAGAGGUUUCCAGGUCACCUCAGAAGGCAAUUGCAAGCCCUCGGACCAUUGAGCUGUCAAAGCCAAAACAACUCCAUGCUAAAUACUCAUCCCCGCGGGAUCCUGAGUGGCCUGUGACAGAGGCUGCCAAGCGUGCAGUGGCUACACCAAGAGUUCUGGAGCUAGCCCAGCCUAGCACAAGAUCUCGUAUGGGCUUGACUACACUCAACCCAGAUGCAUUCAGAGUGAAGGAGACUGCUAUGAAGGCAGUUUGUUCUCCGCGGCUCCAAGAACUAGCUCGACCAAUUCAGCGCUAAGCUCCCUCAGACAUGCUCCUGCCAUCUGCCCACAUCACCCCUUGGAACAUCACUCUUUCUGGGCUGUGCUGUGACUGGAAAAUCUCCUUGAACACAGCGCAGAGGCAGCACUCAUCAGGAACACUUUCUGGGAGUUAAAUAAAAUCAUCAUUCCUUAAGAAUAAUCAUCAGGGAAAAUUAACAGAAUUCGAUCUAGUGUGGGAAGACUCUCUCCCUAUAGAAUGGCUUAUAUCUGGAGUUUCUCUCUUGAUUAUUUUGUUGUAAUAGUUUAAGAAGAAAUGAAACAACUGCUGGGGGAAGGCAGCACAGGAACUGUCCUUUCAUACAGGGAAGCAUGGCAAACCAAACCCAAGAGCAAGCAGUAAGUUGAUGCAACACAACUCCUGAAUUUGGGUUUAAAAUUUUUUGCUAAAGUUUAAACAUCUUCUUACUGACACUCAAACAGAAGUGACAGAAGUAGAAAUACGAAAGGCUACAAUGUAUGUUGAGUUGGCUUGGACUUGGGGCCUGUUUUCUCAAAUGCCUGGAGAACAGGCAGAGCCAGUUAUGUAGGUGGGUUAAAGCUCUGUGGUUCAGAUACUCAGUUGUGUGACCCUGGGCAAAAUAAGAAAAUUCUGCACUGGGAUUUUUGGAGCCUAACUCAAAAAAGCAGAGUUUCCCUCAGUGUAAGAGAGAAGGCAAGUUGCAAAGGCUAAUCAGAAAAUAAGUAUUGAUGCCAGAAUCUGCAGAACAAAUUCUGAGCUCCAGUCGGAUCUGUGGAUGAGUCAGUUUGGCAGCUGGAUUGCCAGGAACAACACAGCCUGUGCAGGGCAUGGCAUGAGAAUGCUUUUAUCUACUUCCUAUACGGUUAGUGUGUUUUGCACUGGCUGCCCAACCACUGGCGACAGGCUGGAGAUACUGAGGCAAGAGAGAUGCUCACCAGUAAGGGACAAAAGCCACAAAUGAAAGCAUAUGGCAGUUUCAGAGCCAAUAUAUUUUAAUCUUCCCUAUGUUAAGCUGAUUCUCUUUUCAAAGGAGUAGAGGCAGGUGACCACAAACCAGAAGGGUAUUAAUGAGAGGAUCCAUUAAUUGAUUAAGUAAUCCCCUAUGCAGAGGACUUUUGAACAAGGUAAGGUCACUGGGCAAUGGUACUGGUUAUUUUUAGAUCAGGCCUUGUCCUGUGCCAAGAUAGAUGAGAGUUUGGACUUCAUCCAAGAGCCCCAGUGCAAAUGCAUUCCUCAGGCUUGAGAAAGGCCAGGAGGAGACUGGGGUCUCCCCCUAAAGCCCCCAUGCUGUGGGGGAACCCUAGCACCACCAGCUUUUGCCACCCCAGGGAUUAGGAGGUGUGUGGGCUGCCAUGCAUAGACACACAGGUGCCCUAGGAGAUGGCUGCCUAUGGCUGUCCCUGUGGCAAAGGGAAAACCCACUGUGCCCACUGAGGCUGCCUGGGAAAAAUGUUGCCCUUCCAGAGAAUGGAGUCUGCCUCCUGUCAUGGGAGCAGGGAACACAAGCAGGGAUGUAACACACAGCCCCUCUCAUCAAAAACGUUGGGUUUUUAUUACUGCACUGGGAAAAACCCCAAAACAACUCAUGAGUUCUUUCUCUUUGGUGACCUUUAAUAGAAAGAUUUAAAAAGAUAAAAAAGGCAUUCAAAGGGUGCUUGCCUGAUUAUGGUGUAGGCACUUGGUUUGCCAGUAUCCAGAGCUGAUUCAGGCAUGUUGAGCCAAACCGGGUCACCUGAACGACACACUUGGUUUUCCAGAGGUCCUGCUCUCUGGAUGAUCUGUACCUUAAA